AUGAUGCUGGCUCUACGCCAAGAUCCUAACUAUUGGUGUCUGGAUGACAUUUCAGUCACAGAAAACGGUGUACAGCUGUGGCAGAAUGGCGGUUUUGAACAGAGUCCAUUGACUCAAUAUUAUACUUACUGUAACCCAAACGGGGCUAGUUCCAGUGGUAUCAUAUCGACAGCAUGCCCUCACUCAGGCAGCUACAAUUUCUACGAUGGUUCAGUAACAUAUUCGGAUUAUCUCAGCCAAUCGUUCUCGACAGUAGUCGGUUCCACUUAUAACAUCAGUUUUUGGCUGGCGAAUCAAGGUGGCGGUCCUGAUAGCUUUCUCGUUCUCAUAGGAACUGUACCAUCAAAUGGUACAAUUAAUCAUUGUAUUAAUGUCAUUAUUGAACUAUCUUUUGCAACUUUUAUCCUUAAUAUUGUUGGCGAUAGUCGUCAAUAA